AUGACUGACCCGUACAUCAAUUUAUCAGCGGAAACAAAUCAAAGGAUGGAUACUACUGAAGAUACAAUGAUAACAUCAUCGGAAAGCAAAAAUAUUUCGGAACAGUUACCAAUCUCAAAUGUUGAUGAAGAAGAUUUAGCAGAUGAUGAAGAAGACGAUGAAGAAUUAAUUGAAGAGGAUGAUGAUAUGGAAGAUGAUUUUUUAGACGAUGAUUCCGAGGAUGGAGAUGUGGAAGUAGUCAUACAGCAAGAUGAAGCCCCAUUGGAAUCUAACAUUAUGGAUGAUCGGAUCGUUUUGCCAACAACCGAAACUUUUGAAAAAGAUGAUAUUCUGAGUACACAUCAUGAAGAAGAAGAAACAAUAACUACGAUAACCAAUGACCUGAUUGAUGAAAAUCAAAAUGAUGAUGAGAUUGCAACAACACUCGAAACAACAGAAACAGCAACAACUACAGGACAAGAAAUACCAACCACUUCCUCCUCCUCUUCUGCAAACCAAUCAUGCUUCUCUGCAUUAGUUUCUGCUUUUUUGAAAGGAAAACAAAAUAUUGUUGCUGAAAAAGAAGAAUCGCUCGCUAAAAAUAUUUAUUCAACAGCCCUUAAUUUUCACUCCAAGGGAGACUUCAAUACUGCUAUUGAUUACUACAAUAGGCUUCUUAAUAGAGAAUUUAUUGCAAAUGCCGUUUCUGAGAAAGUAGACGAGUACGCCUAUUUUGAUAUCAAGUCCAAUGUCUUUUUGUACUUGAAAUUCUUGGCGUUAAAAAACCUUGGAAGUGCUUUCAUGUCAAUUCAAAAGUUUUUGGAGGCAUCGAUUUGUUUAGCGAAGGCAUUGGCCAUUGAUGCGUCAGAUGUUUCUUUAUGGUAUGAUUACGCCGUGUCGUCCAUUACGAUUAAUGACCUAAGUACUGCAAGAUUAGCUCUUGAGCAAACAUUGAUCAUCAAUCCAAAUCAUCACCUAGCGACCAUGCAAUUACUUGAAUUACUGUACAUAAUUGGAGAUGUAGAAGAGUGUAACAUAUUAUCAAAGCAAAUUUUAAAGUACGAUCCACACAAUAAGGCAGCCCAAUUUAUACAUUCUGAGUGCAAUCCUAACCCAUUUAAUUUAAUAUUUUUCUCAACAUCUCCUCUUAACGACUUGACACGAAAGUGGACUAUGUUUGCAUGUCCAGGUGUUGAGCAAGAAUCACCAAAACUCUAUAGAAUUACCUUAAAAGAAUUGGAUUGGACAAACAUUUUAACGAGAGUUUGUUCGCUUUAUUCUAACUUACUGAAGCAAGGACAAUUGGACAGCAUUGUCAAACUGGUAUACGAAAGGCCAUCACAAAUAAGCACAGACAAUGCAGAAACAACACCAUUGAGUGCUGAUGGAGAAUCAAGCCAGAACGGGAAAAGAAAAAGAACCUUUGUAGAAAAGUUGCAAACGCCUUCCAAAUUUUCAAAACAAAUGUCAGGAGUAGCAAAAGAUAUCUUUAAUAUAGUAACAUUCAGCGAACAUGCAAAAAAUGAUAUUACAUACAGGAAUGAAAAAGCAGAAAAUUGUGUCGUUACAUGCGAUGAGUUACCUAAUAUCAACUUGCAUCAAAUGCUUGAACCUGUGGUUGUGAAGCCAGUGCUCGAAUUAAUGCGAAUUUUGACAGAGAAAUUAACACGUGACUGUUGGACAUACAAAUGGCCAGAGGUGGUUGUUAAGGGCGUUUGUUUCAGUGCCUUCUCUUUGAUGAAGCACAAAAUUGAGCUGAGCUUUGAGUGUAAGCUUUGUGUAGCUGAAAUUUUAUGUGGCAGCUAUGAAAAAGACACAAGUACUGAAAUCAAUCUCUCGAAGGCUCGCAGAAUUUUCAGCAAUAUGGAAGCGCAACUAUUAUCGUCUCGUAAUUCUCUGAAUAUUACACCUACAAAUGUUAUAAGGCUACUAUGGGUACGAGGUGUCAUUGAUCAACACAUGGGUAACUCUCCAUCUGCUAAGAAAUGGCUGGAUCAAUGUUUAACGAAAUUCCAAGAAUUUUCGUCUCAAGAAAUUUUGCUUCCAAAUUGCAAUAAGAAUAACAAGAUUAAUCAGGAUUCUAUUCAUCGUAAAUUGAAUGAAAUGAGUUUUAACAAAAAAGUGGACUUAAUGAGCAAACUGGUCACCCAGCAUCAGUAUUUCCAAGCAUUAAGCAAUAUAUCAAGAGAGUUUCUCAUCUCCUUACCAAGUGGAGCUCGUUCUACAGUCAAAGAGCUCCUAUAUAAGUCUCUGAAGCAUAUAGACUCACUCGAAAGCAUUUCAUAUGACACUCUAUUGCAUAUACUUCACUUUUUACUGGCAGAUGUUACGAAACAAACCAUUGAGAAUGUUAAUUUAAAACCUUUCAAGGCGCUUUUACCAAAAGUAGUGAAAAAGGUGUCAUCCACGGAAGAUUUAAAUCAUGAUGUUGCGGAAAUAGUAGCCAUGAAAGUGUUGAUAAUAUUGGAGGUUGAAUUUUUUGUCACCAGGAAAGACGAAUCUGAUGUGCUAAGUUUGACCUAUUUAGUGGAAUUAUUUUAUUAUCUUGCCACAUUCCAAAGCAAUACUAAAAGAAAAGAGUAUUUACAGCUUAUCCGUAAGAAACUUUUCCCAGAUAUGAAAAAGAGAAUCAAACCCUUCUUGGUUUUUAUGCUCAAAGAGUUUUACAACUUGUUGAAACAGGUUCCUGAAAAAUCUAAUGAGAAAACCGCUCUGUUACAUGAAGUGUCAGUUUCCAUUUAUUACCUAUACGGAAAAUUUAUACCACUUACUGAGCAUGAGUCACUCCCCAAAACUGCACCAUUCCAAGGUGCACAAGAAAGCAUUGAAAAAGACAAGGACACUUGCUUAUUAUUGUUCAAUACUAUUGAUGAGUUUCUUGAGUCAAGAUUAGAAAAGACCACCAAAGUUCGAAAACAAAUUCCAGAAGUACUUGCUAUGAUAUGCAAUGCGUUUAAUACAUUGCCUGAAGAAGCUCAAAGUGCUAAACUGGAAAUAACAAGAGUGAUCGACGAUGAGACAGUUGAUUUGGACAAUCCUAUAACAAUUCCAACAGUUCUUUUUAAUGACAACGUGAAAGUCCUGUACGAGAAGUGUUUUUAUUUCUUGUCUGUGUACAAGAACAAAAGCAUUACCACAGAAAAUAUCUUUGAUGUUGCAGACGAGUACUCAGAAUGUGUAUAUCUAUUAAGGAAAUCUGUUUGUUGCAAGCCUAUGGACUUUUCGUACUGGGACGCUCUUUCAGAGAAGUAUUGGAAAAUAUUGCAAUUCAUGUUUGCGGUUGCAGAUUCUCCAGCGAUUAGAGAAAGCUUCCAGUUUAAAGAAGCUUCUGUGAGAGCAAAUAUUGGAUUACCUGAAGAAGUCUCUUCAUUCAAGUCAGAUCUUGAGUCCAUAAUUUUCAAAUGUCUUCACUGUUUGCAAGUGUGUCUUCAAUUAGCCUCUAAGAACGACGAAGUAUAUUCUAUUAACCUAAAAUUAGGACAGCUUUUGUUUGAUAUGUUGGAUUGCACAAAGAUUCUGGAUGGACAAUUGUCCUUGCUGGAAAAUCGAAAGAAAUCUUAUUUUGCAAAUCAUUGUUUCCAAUAUUUAGAAUCAGCAGCAAAAAUAGACAAGAGAGAUUCUCAAAUCUUGUUUCUCAUGGCCAGAAUACGUGAGAAAUUUCACGCUCCCUCUUCAGAAUAUUUACCAUUAUAUUUAUCAGCUCUCAAAGCAACGCCUCCCAGGAAUCCAAGAAUGGAGAAUAUUUACUUCUACUAUGUGCUAUCACUAUUGAACAUCUUGCAAGACGACCAAAAUAAUAACAUUGAGGAGAAAUACUUAUACCAAAUUGACGUGGACACCUCGGCCAUUAUUACUGCACCAGAUGUGAAAUGUCCAAUCAUCAAUAAUCUUCCUAUCAACAAUCCUUCUACGAAUCUCAAAAUAUGGACCUCUCUGCUGUCAGGAGUACAAGAUGUUCUGAAAUUAUUCCCUUCAUCUUUCAGAUAUGCCUACCUUGUUGCAAAAAUUUUGAAAUCCAAACAAGGACCAUGGGCCUCAAAGAAAGCAGCUGAAGAAGUUCUCGCAUCCGUCAUUAGUAAGAAAGAAAACAAGCAAAUGCCACCCACUAUUGAGUUUCAUUCAAAGUAUGAAUUUGGACCCACUAUUGAAAAAAGACAUCAAAGAGAAUGGAAAGCAUCCACUCUAUCAUUGUUCUUGGAAAUUUUAGCAUCCAACAGAAAUAUUGAAUAUUUACUUUUUAUCAUUUAUUGGCUCAAGCAUAAUCUUCUUGAAAGAGACAAACACUUGUUCAGUCUGUACCCUGAAGUUCUCUAUUAUGCCAGCAAGACAUUAACCUCCAUUCAUACCGAAAAGCCAUCCCAAGACCUAAUUCCAUAUGCUGUUCCUAUCUAUUGUUACAUUUCUGAUUUGGCCAAUAAGGAUCAACAACUUGCAAAUGCACAUGGAGCGAUCAAGACAUUGCUAGAAAAGCAUCCAAAAACCAAAGAUCUCAUGACAAGUAAGCAAGCUGAAAAGAAACUACGAGAGUUCUAUGAGAAGGAAUAUCUUGUGGAUAUAGUGAAAUUUAAGAAGGUAGAAAAGAAAGAUGACAAGGAAUCCAAAUCAGAAAAGAAGAAGGAAAAGAAAACAAAGGAUAAAACUGAAAGUAAAACCAAGAAGGAUAUGAAAAAAGAAGAUAAAAAGAAAGAAGGUAAAACGAAGAAGAAAGACAAGACUGAGAGUAAAGACAAGACACCCGAAAAGAAAAAGAAAAAAUCCAAGAAUGAAAAGAAGAGUGAGGUAGCAUCAAGCAGCUCGUCGACCACUAGUACUACAACUACUACCACUAUUGAACAGAUACAAUUUCACAUGGAGACUCCAACCAAGAAGAAGAAGAAGAACCAAGAUGAAAAAUCUUCCAGUGUCAUGACAGCAACAAACAACACAUUAAUAUCGACACCACCCUCCAAAUCACAAAGCAACAACAGCAACCAUACGACUCCUCCAGGAAAAGGCCUUAUCUUUCAUCAUUUUCAGCCACAAGCAUCAUCUACACAAAAGUCAUCUCUUUCUUCAAAGAAACCAUCUCCAUCAUCAUCUUCAGGUUUGAAAUCGCUUGUAGAAACCUCCUUCUCAUUACCUUUGGGACUAUUUCCUCCUCAACCAUCUAGUACUAGAUUGGGAAGUGAUAUUGCAUCGUCAUCAUCAGUAAUAAGUGGAGAAUCUCUUCCAAUUGCACCAAUAACGAGUGCAUCAUCUGCAAGUAACAACAAGAGUCAUUUGAGCCAAAUUCUGUCACCACCCAGGAAAGAACCAAGCAAAAGUUCCGCAACGAGCCCAGAAAAAUCCUCUUUUGUUAGUGAAGAUGUGAUUAUUGUGAGUGAUAGUGAUUCUGAAUGA